AGCGGAGGGAGAGGCUAACGCUCUUUUCUGACCUCCCAGCCAUGGAUAGGAAGCAGGAGCAAGCAGAGAAGGCCAGGCCCUGUGGCCUGCUGAAACCCACAGCUUUGAACAAGAUCCCGGGCAGAUUCCGGCUUCAUCAGGAAGCCUUGCCCAGUCUCCCGGUGCCACCGCUCCAGCAGACCCUGGACCGUUACCUGCAGGCUUUGCAGCCCAUCAUCAGCGAGGAGGAAUGGAACCACACGCAGGAGCUGGUGAACGAAUUCCGCAAACCGGGAGGCGUCGGGGAGAGGCUGCAGAAGGGCCUGGAGAGGAGAGCCAAGAAAACGGAGAACUGGCUCUCUGACUGGUGGCUGAAGACAGCUUACCUGGAGUAUCGCCUGCCAGUCGUGGUUCACUCCAGCCCAGGCUUGGUUUUACCUAAGCAGGACUUUCUGGAUCGGCAAGGUCAGCUCAGGUUUGCUGCCAAGCUGAUCGAGGGCGUUCUGGAUUUCAAGACCAUGAUUGACAAUGAAACCCUUCCAGUGGAGUACCUGGGGGGGAAGCCCCUCUGCAUGAACCAGUACUACCAGAUCCUGUCCUCCUGCCGCAUUCCCGGGCCCAAGCGGGACUCCAUCGUCAACUAUGCCCAAGGCAAGAAGCAGUCCAGACACAUCACGGUGGUUCACAACUUCCAGUUCUUUGAGUUGGAUGUUUACAACAGUGACGGAAGUCCCCUGACCACUGACCAGCUCUUCAUUCAGCUGGAGAAGAUCUGGAACACCUCCCUCCAAACAAACAAAGAGCCCAUUGGGAUCCUCACCACCAACCACCGAAACAGCUGGGCAAAAGCCUACAACAACCUUCUCAAAGAUAAGACCAACAAGGAAUCCGUGCGCACAAUUGAGAAGAGCAUUUUUACAGUCUGCCUUGAUGCCCCCAUGCCCCGGGUGUCCGAUGACAUCUACAAGAGCCGCGUGGCUGCUCAGAUGCUGCACGGCGGAGGAAGCCGCUGGAACAGCGGGAACCGAUGGUUUGACAAAACCCUCCAAUUCAUCAUUGCUGAAGAUGGCUCCUGUGGCCUCGUGUACGAGCACGCUCCCGCAGAAGGGCCACCCAUUGUGGCUCUUGUGGAUCACGUUGUGGAGUACACGAAGAAGCCAGAGCUGGUAAGAUCACCUAUGAUUCCUUUGCCGAUGCCCAAGAAGCUUCGUUUUAACAUCACCCCAGAAAUCAAGAAUGACAUAGAGAAGGCAAAGCAGAACCUCAACAUAAUGGUCCAAGAUCUGGAUGUGAAAGUCAUGGUCUUUCAUCAAUUUGGGAAAAAUUUCCCUAAAUCAGAGAAGAUAAGCCCUGAUGCUUUUAUCCAGCAGGCCUUGCAGUUAGCAUAUUACAGGAUGUAUGGCCAUUCCUGUGCCACAUAUGAGAGCGCCUCACUGCGGAUGUUCCGUCUGGGCCGCACGGACACCAUCCGCUCCGCUUCCGUGGACUCUCUUAAGUUUGUGCAAGCAAUGGACAACGCUGACAAAUCGGUGAGGAUAUCAAGGAAGCAGAGUAAAAGGAGUGCUCUCCAGGAAAAAGAGUAA